GUGCUCUUUCACCUUCAGUUGUCUUUUGCGGCACAACAAAAGGACAACUCUGGAUGUUCCGGCAACUCACUUUUUCUCAGCAAAAAGCGUUGCUAUGCGAUGAAGAACCUGAAGGAACAGGUCGCUCCACUUCUUCAUCAUCUAGGUCGCUCGAGCCAAUUGCUAUGUCAACUAGUAAGCCUUCCGCCUCUACUACUUCCUCCACCUCCUGCGCUAUUUCUGAGAUAG